ACUUCACCCAUCUCUAGCUUCUCUUGCAUUUUACAAGCACAUACCAAAUGUCCACUUAAGCUUGCUGUUUCCCAAUCGUAAAUGCAGUAUAAAUCAGAUGCUUUCAAAACCAUUCCUUCGUAUCACCUCGGCAAAGAAUGCUAAGCAGAAAUGACAUCAUUGACGUUUUUUUACGUGGCAUCCGUAGUGGCUAUUUUUUCCCGACUGUGUCAUGGGCAGGAGGCCAAGUGUUCAGGAGUUCCAGGAAUCCCAGGGAUGCCAGGAGCUAAUGGGUUGCCUGGAAAAGAUGGACGGGAUGGCAUGAAAGGGGAUCAGGGACCACCAGGUCCCAUGGGACCCCCCAAUGGCUUGCCAGGCGCUCCCGGAAAAGAUGGGCUUCCAGGACCAAAAGGGUUGAAAGGUGAACCAGGAGAGAAAGGAGACCAAGGACCCCGUGGCCCAGAAGGCCGUGCAGCUUUUCUUGAUUCAGAAGUGCAGAAAGUGCUCAGAAAUCUGGAGGAAAGGAUCCUGAAGCUUGAAGGAGUUUUGGCCUUGAGGCGACUGAUAAAUAAGGUGGAGGACAAAAUAUUUAGUACCAAUGGCAACUCAGUUGGCUUUGACGCGAUAAUCCAGACAUGUCAGCUUUCAGGGGGAUCCAUCGCAAAGCCCAUGAAUGAAAAGGAGAACAAUGCUAUUUUGCAAAUUGUGAAAGAACAAAAUCAGUACACCUACUUGGGAAUUAAGGAGAGCUCAGUUCCGGGAGCCUUUGAGUAUUUCAAUAAAACACCUGUGAAUUAUACCAAUUGGCGUCUCUAUGAACCAAAUGGAAAAGGGUUAGAAAAUUGUGUUGAAAUGCAAACCGAUGGAAGUUGGAAUGACAAAAAAUGCAACCAGUAUCGUCUCGUUGUCUGUGAAUUUUAAAAUGUCCUAUUUUAACAUCUUAGCCAAUGGAAUCGUCAUGGCUUCUGGGAACUGUAGUCCUCUGAAUAUAUAUUUGUCGUAAAGUCCUCAUCAGCCUUCAGUCUUCUACAAUUCCCAGUAUUCAGAAGCCUGAGAGUCAAAUCAGUAACAUGUGAUGAUGUGGUGGGUAGAAUCAAGGAUUUCUAACUUCUGGAUAACUUUAUAAGAAAUUAAAAUAAUGAUUUACAGAUGAGGGUUUGAUUGUUCAUUUGGGUUAGAAAUACUUUAUCUCAAGCAUGUCCAGGUUCAUCUGAAGAGCAGAGCAGUUUUGUACAAGUGUAAAUUCAGAUAUUGUGAAAAUUAUAUGUUCCUUUCUGAAUUGUCCAGGAAUAUUCUCGUGUCUUUCAAAAACUAAUGUAAAUCUGGACAUGAAUGUCAUAAUUGUCUGUCUGUCUGUCUGUCUGUCUGUCUGUCUGUCUCUCUAUCUAUCUAUCUAUCUACAGUAUCUAUCUAUCUAUCUGUCUGUCUAUCUAUCUAUCUAUCUAUCUAUCUAUCUAUCUAUCUAUCUACAGUAUCUAUCUAUCUAUCUAUCUAUCUAUCUAUCUAUCUAUCUAUCUAUCUAUCCAGUUUGAGAACAAUACUGAGACCAUCGAAGAAGUUAGCCAAAGGAAAUAUCACUGAUCGAUUUUACAGUGGGUGAUAUUCGACAGAACAAACUAUUUCCUCAUUCAAAAUAAGCUGGAUGAUUGGCUACAAUUAAAGCAUGCCAAAUAAAAGCAUCCUGACGACUGCU